CUGGCGCUCCCGGGCCGCACGGCCAUAGCCGGCGGACUCUCCGGGCGGGUCGUCCUCCUCCUGCUCCUCCACCCCGGCUCCCCACAGUCGCCGCGGUCUCCUCCGUGGAGGCGAGAAGGACGGUCUUCGGGGCCGCGCCGUCCCCGCCCGGGGGAGAAAAAGACAGCAAGUUGCGCUGCGCCCGGGACCCGCGAGGGACCGCGGCCGCCGCCCGGCCGGGGGCCACCAUCAUAACCGCAAAGUAUGAGAAGUUGACUGAAGAUUCAUUACAGCUAAGAGCUGCGUCCUCCUUGAAGACCUGUGGAUUACUUGGGAGUUUCUGGUGAUCAUUCACACCUUCAGGACACUCGCCUUGAGCCCUGGUCGCCUUGCUGGGUGAAAGAUGGCGUCCAGCCUGACUUGUACUGGAGUGAUCUGGGCUUUGCUUUCCUUCCUGUGCGCUGCCACCUCUUGUGUGGGGUUCUUCAUGCCUUACUGGCUCUGGGGAUCCCAGCUGGGCAAACCUGUAUCCUUUGGCACUUUCCGGAGGUGCUCCUAUCCCGUGCAUGAUGAGAGUCGGCAGAUGAUGGUGAUGGUGGAGGAAUGUGGGCGCUAUGCCUCCUUCCAGGGUAUCCCCAGCGCAGAGUGGAGGAUCUGUACCAUAGUGACAGGCCUGGGCUGUGGCCUGCUCCUCCUGGUAGCUCUCACUGCCCUUAUGGGCUGCUGUGUGUCGGAGCUCAUCUCCAGGACAGUAGGAAGAGUGGCUGGAGGAAUACAGUUUUUGGGGGGCUUGUUGAUUGGUGCUGGCUGCGCCCUCUACCCCCUGGGCUGGGACAGUGAAGAAGUCCGGCAGACCUGUGGCUACAUCUCUGGCCAGUUUGACUUGGGAAAGUGUGAAAUCGGCUGGGCCUACUACUGCACCGGAGCGGGCGCCGCCGCUGCCAUGUUGCUGUGCACGUGGCUGGCGUGCUUCUCAGGCAAGAAGCAGAAGCACUACCCCUACUGAGAGCAGGCCACCAGGAUCAAGCGGAGGAGAGGACGGCUGCGGAGGACUGAAGGGGGCCAAAGCAUCCAGCUCCUUUCACAAGGUGGAAUAGUGGUUCUAACCCAGGAACAGUGUUAGUGUAAGGAAACUCGAUUGAAUCUGGAACAUUCUACAGGAUGGGAGGGCAGUGGGGAGGUUCUCAAAAGCAUGGAGACUAUGGGGUUACGGAGGAAAGUGGACCAAAGGCUAAACACAUUGCUGGACAUUGGUGUUUCUAUUCCACAGAGUAUCGUUAAUGUAUAUCACACAUACAGCCAACCUAUAUAUGCAAGCGAGGAUCUCAUUUUUGUUCUCCUUCAGGAAGAUGAGGACCAGGGGAGUCAAAAGGGCUAGUAGAAACAGUAUUAUCUUAGGAAGCAGGAUGAGUACCCUGCAGACAUUCCCUGUAAAUGAGGACUGAGCCUGAAAGCACAUAAGCACGCGCACACCUGCGCACAGGUCACACGCACAUGUCAUAGGGACACGUCAGACGCCCACGUCAUCACACCACUGCACAGGGGGUCAGCUGUGGACUGUUGCUCCUGUUUCUUUUUCUUUUUUUUUAAAUAUCCAUCAGCACAGGAUCAUCACUUUAUAAACGCAUACAUUAAGCCUAGUCCAUGGACCAAUACGCCACUCUCGGUAUUUUUGAUAUCCCGCAUAAACUCUUUAUGCCCGCCGCCUGUCGUCAGCAUUCAUGCAGACCUUCAGGGGUUAGCCUUCAUGUCUCAGUGUUAGUCAAAAACACAGUCGUGAUGUGAGUACCCUAGCUGUAACACCCGUAAAGCUGUAACACAGCUUUCGUCCAUGUUAGGCGAGGAUUCAGUUGCAGAUAUGAGGGUGAAAAGAGGUCUCUCUCCAAUUAUCGGCUCUUGUUUUCUUUUGUCCAUUAUCCUACUGUGCUAUAUAUACCACUAUUACUUCAAUAUUCAUUUUGUAAAGGGAAAAAAGUACUAUUUUGUUUGUAUUUGAAAAGCUCUGUGAAUAAAUUCUCUUUGAUCAAUA